AUGUCGGAUGAACAACCACCACAACGCUCAAAGGAAGAGCUGCUCCAGGACCUGGCGGUGAGGUUCAAGGAGAAGUGCUUCUCCUCGCUUGAAUUCUACUCCCUCAAGGAUGUCUUCAAGACGCUGGCCGAUCACCAGGGUGGCGUCUCGUACCUGAAGGAGGACACCGUUGCCCGCUAUCUGGAGAUACCCGACAUCCUUGGCGCUUCGCCGGUGUUGUUUCAGAUGGUGUCAUACAUAGGCGCGUUUCCGUUUCUGGCGGAGGCGCCUGUGAUUCUUGAGCUUCCGCAUUUAAUAAUGGUAGUGGUCAUCAUGACGGAACGAUACAAACGGGUCCUGGAUCGCGGGCCGACAGACCGUACAAAGCUGCUAUUCAAGAGCAUGGCGGUGUAUGAUCGCAAAGCGUCCGCGACAGGGCCUGCUUCUCCGACUGUCAAGAGCGACGAGCCAGAUCGUCCUGGCAACAACUCGUUGGGAUUUACCAUUGAUCAGCCCGGGCAAGAUGAAGACGACGAAUACGCCGACGACGACCUCGUUCUGACUGCAUUUGAAUUACUGGAUAUUGGCGACGCCGUUAAGCAAGGAAGUGUUCUAGAGGUACAUGGCGCAAUUAUACCCACGGAUAACUUCCGCAAGCUCGUGAUGCUACUGCUUCUUGUCGCCCCCUUGGGUGAACAAGACAGCCUUUCGCGUUAUUCCAACAGGGUCACUGGUAUCGAGCUCGAGCACCUACGAGCUUCGGCAGAGAGUAUUAUAUCAUCCUUUGUCGACGUGGAGACAUCGCCUGGCAUUCGGUACCAUGACUUCAAACGACUUAUUCCUAUUAUAGCACCGAAUCUCUUUGCCGGGUUCAACAACCUCUUUGGACACUUUUUAUUCUCCAAAAAUCUCGAUUUUACAAAACACAAAGGCGACGAAGCCAAGCUGGAAGAUAAGCCUGCAAAGCUGGCUCAGCCGCUGGUGCUCAACAACGGCGAGAUCUUGAAUGGCCACCUGUUGGCCCAAAUAGCGACAUUCUUGCCCGCCUCGGACCUGUUUCACCGCGUCCGCCUAUUAUAUUCAGGGAACGAUUCAGGAUUCUCAAUAGGUAGCUUCGAAUCGAAGGUAUUUAACUGGGCCGCCCCGACGAUAUUGCUGGUGAGCGGAAGUCGAAUCGCAGACAAGCCGGGUGGCGGGCCGGAAACCAAAUUUGCCGAGUCCCUGCCUCUAAAGCGAUAUCCGAAUGGUAGCAAGGGUGAGCGCGUCACAUUUGGCGUGUACGUCCGCGAGCCGUGGAAGCACACGCACAGGGGCUGCUUUGGCGACUCCGAGACCGUCCUCUUCCAACUCGAGCCUGUGCACGACAUCUUCCGCGCGUCCACCAUCAACACAGACUACGUCACCUUCACCAAGGCACCCGCAAACCCACCGUGUAUGGCCUUUGGGUGCCCGCAUCCCAAGCCGACCAAGUCCGGGCGCAGCUCCCACGGCACGUUCAGCCUAGGCGCGGUGUCGUUGCUAUUGGAUGACUCCUUCGAGUUUGGCGUCUUCCACCACGACUUCUCGUCGCGCGGCGGCGCGUUCCGCACGAGCUCGGUGCGGCAGGCCAACUUUGAGGACCGCUUCCAGGUCGAGAAGCUUGAGGUAUGGGGCUGCGGCGGCGACAAGGAGGCGGCGGCGCAGGCGGAGAGGUGGGCGUGGGAGGAGCGCGAGGCGGAGGCGCGGCGCAAGAUCAACCUGGGCUCGGGGAGCCAGGAGCAGGAUCGGGCGCUGCUGGAAAUGGCCGGCCUGAUUGGCAGUAAUCGAAGUGGUGGCUCAAUGGGGUAG